AUGGCCCCAGUUGACUAUAACGACAAACAUUAUGUCUCUCAAAGUGUACCAAAACGAAUCAAACACAUUCAAUUCCAACCAUUCACACCUAAAGACAUUGUCCGAAUAUCCGAAGUCGAAGUGACCUCGAAUGAACUAUACACGAAUCAUGAGGAUGGAACCAGAACGACGGCCAAGGAUGGUCCCCUUGACGCCCGAAUGGGACCCAACGACAAGACUACCCACUGCCAUACUUGUGGCGAAGAGGCGACGAAAUGUGUUGGCCACUAUGGGUAUAUCAAGCUUGCCUUGCCAGUAUUCCACAUCGGAUACUUUCGUCCUACCAUCAACAUGCUUUCAUGUAUCUGUAAAACAUGCUCCCGAAUCCUCCUGACACCUGCCGAACGCACAUUAUACCUACAGCGAUUCCGUCGGCCUCGCUUAGAAGCACUGCAACGUCAAGCAGCAUCGAAGCAAGUGAUAGCCAUCUGCAAGAAGAAGGUCAUUUGCCCUUACUGUGGCCAAGCAAACGGCAUCGUGAAAAAGUCGGGGGCCUUGCGGAUCAGUCACGAGCCAUUUCGUUCGAACAAGACAGCCGAUAUGAAGGCCGAGGCGAUGGCCAAAUACGCCACACUCCUGGCCGAGUCGAACAUCAGGAUGGAAGCGCUCCAGAAGAAGUCAGAUGACUUGAACCCAUUGAAAGUUUUGGAGCUGUUUAAGCGGGUCUCGGCUGAGGAUGCGGAACUGCUCGCCUUGCAUCCAGAGGUGGGCCGACCAGAAGACUACAUAUGGCAAUACAUCUCAGUCCCUCCUCCGUGUAUUCGUCCAUCAGUCGCUUCAGAGUCUGGCAACAAUGAGGACGAUUUGACAGCCAAGCUCGCCGAGAUUGUACAUCACAACAAGAUGCUCAAGGUGACGAUGGAGCGUGGUCAGGGUAUCGAGAUGACUCUCGCCAAUUGGGAAGUUCUUGGUCAAGCGGUUGCGUUGUAUAUCAAUUCGCAGGCGCCAGGUGUCUCCGCACUAGGUGGCAAACCCAUUCGUGGACUCGUCCAGCGUCUCAAGGGAAAGCAAGGUCGAUUUCGAGGCAACCUGUCGGGAAAACGUGUAGAUUUCUCCGCCCGUACCGUCAUUGGACCUGAUCCCAAUUUGCGUAUCGAUGAGGUCGCUGUUCCCGAACGUAUAGCGAUCAAGCUGUCCUACCCUGAGAGAGUUACGGAUCAUAACAUCGGCCUCAUGCGGCAAUUGGUUGUCCAUGGUGCUCGGAUGCACCCAGGAGCCAACAUCGUGCAGAACCAGGAGGGGGAUCGAUUGAGUCUGUUCGUGGUCAGGGAUCCAGAGAAGCGCAAAGCCAUUGCGCAGCGGCUCAAAAUCGGCGACGUGAUACAUCGACACGUCCGAGACGGAGAUAUCGUGCUCUUCAACCGUCAGCCGAGUUUACACAAGAUCUCGAUCAUGUGUCACCGGGUCAAGGUCAGACCGUGGCGGACAUUCCGACUGAACGAAUGUGUUUGCAAUCCGUACAACGCCGAUUUUGACGGAGAUGAGAUGAAUCUGCACGUGCCUCAGACGGAAGAGGCGAGAACAGAAGCACUCGAGCUCAUGUCUGUGAAGAAGAAUCUGGUCACCCCGCGAAAUGGUGAACCGAUUGUCGCAGCCAUUCAAGAUUUCAUCACAGCCGCUUUCUUGCUCUCCCGUCGCGAUCGAUUCUACGACCGACAGCAGUUCACGCAGAUAUGCUCGUAUCUAGGAGAGGAGCGGAUAGACCUUCCGCCGCCUACGAUUUGGAAGCCGGUUCGUAUGUGGACUGGCAAGCAAGUGUUCAAUCUUCUUAUGCGGCCGAACAAGUCGAGCAAUAUCCUGGUCAAUCUCGAAGCGAAAUGCCGUACGAUGCACAGUCCACCGGCGGGAUAUCUGCCUGACAUGUCUACAAACGAUGGUUACCUGGUCAUCCGCAACAGCGAGAUCAUGUGUGGUGUGUUUGACAAGAACACUGUAGGAGAUGGCAAGAAGAACUCGGUCUUCGGAGUCAUCCUCCGUGACUAUGGAGCAGAAGCCGCUUCUGCGGCUAUGAACAAGCUUGCCCGACUCAGUGCUCGUUGGCUUGCGAAUUUUGGAUUUUCACUGGGUAUCAACGAUGUCAUUCCUGGUCCCAUGCUUCAAAACAACAAAGACAGCCUUGUCGAGGCAGCGUACGCAGAUUGUGACGAGUUUAUCGAAAAGGCAAAACGAGGCAAGCUCGACAACGCCGCUGGAUGUGAUCAGGAGACGACCCUGGAGCAGAACAUCUCCGGAAAACUGUCUGGCGUUCGUGGGCAGGUCGGAGACUUGUGUAUGAAAGAUUUGAGUCGCCACAAUGCCCCGCUGAUCAUGGCGACGUGCGGAUCCAAGGGGUCGACCAUCAACGUGGCACAAAUGGUGGCUUGUGUCGGACAACAGAUUAUUUCUGGUAAUCGUAUCCCCAACGGCUUCCAGGAUCGUUCUUUACCCCAUUUCAGAAAGAAGUCAAAGAACCCUCCGUCGAAAGGUUUCGUCAGAAACAGUUUCUACUCUGGUCUCACUCCAACGGAAUUCCUCUUCCACGCUAUCUCUGGUCGUGAAGGAUUGGUCGAUACGGCAGUCAAGACUGCUGAAACGGGAUACAUGGCGCGUCGAUUGAUGAAGGCUCUCGAAGAUCUCUGUACGCAUUACGAUCUGAGUGUCAGAAACUCUGUCGGAGGUAUCGUUCAGUUCCAAUACGGAGACGACAUGUUGGAUCCGGCUUGCCUGGAAGGUGAUGCAACUCCUAUCGAAUACGUCCGAAGUUGGUCGCACGCACGUCGAACAGCACCUUCUUCCGGUCCCGCUUUGUUGCCUUGGGAGAUUCUGCGCAUCGCUGGCAGGGUCUAUCCACCGGAGGCUUCUGGUAGCGGCAGACCAGUCGUAGACCCUGCAUGGGCUGGGUGUCAUGAAAAGUACCGCGCGGAUACGUACAAAUUUAUCGCGGAUCAUAUCGCAGGACCGUUGGCGUCUCAGCGAAAGCGAUACGGAUUGAAUGAUGCUACGACUAAAGGCCAGGCGGAGAAGCACAAGGACAAGCUGGUCUCCGACGAUGCUGCCGUUACUCGCACUCUUGAGAACAGCAAGGUCACGCAAGGUCAGCUCGAGCUGUUCCUCGACAUCUGUCGGGUCAAGUACUUGAGGGCCAAAGUCGAACCUGGGUCCACGGUCGGCGCAGUCGGCGCGCAAUCCAUCGGUGAACCUGGAACUCAGAUGACACUGAAGACUUUUCAUUUUGCCGGUGUCGCCUCCAUGAACGUCACUCUCGGUGUACCUCGUAUCAAGGAGAUCAUCAAUGCUUCAAAAGUCAUCAGUACACCCAUCAUCACUGCUGAAUUGGUCAACCCGCAUAGCGAGUAUGCCGCGCGUAUCGUCAAGGGCCGGGUGGAGAAAACUGUCCUGGGGGAUAUCGCUUCUACGAUAGGAGAGUCGUAUACCGAUGUCAACGGUUUCCUCGACAUACGUAUAGACAUGGAGGCGGUACGCCGACUCCAGCUGGAGAUCACUCUGGACUCCAUAAAGGAAUGCCUAUGCAACACGAAGCUCAAGAUUUCGGAAAAGAGCUUCCUCCUGGACGAUUCUGCUGCUCGACUCAGGAUCUAUGUCGACGAAGCUGGCAAAGACAAAGAGGGCAUCUAUGAACGAAUCAAAGCACUGAAACGGGCCGUUGUCGAUGUGCAGAUCAAGGGACUGCCCCAGGUCGACCGAGGAGUCAUCACUCGAGAUGAGAAGGACAACUCCCGAUGCAAGUUGUUGGUCACGGGGUAUGGUCUCGCCGAAGUCAUGGGGACGGACGGAGUCGAUGCUCUUCGGACUCGAACCAACCACGUCAUGGAAACCGCGGAGGUCUUGGGUAUCGAAGCUGCCCGCCAAACCAUCUACGACGAGAUCCAGCACACCAUGCAAUCUCACGGAAUGUCUAUCGACCCACGUCACGUCAUGUUGCUGGGAGAUGUCAUGACGUACAAGGGCGAGGUUCUAGGUAUCACUCGAUUUGGUGUACAGAAGAUGAAGGAUUCAGUCCUCAUGCUGGCGAGUUUCGAAAAGACGACCGAUCACUUGUUUGACGCCUCGCUCUUUUCCAAACGUGAUGAGAUUCAAGGGGUUUCAGAAUGUAUCAUCAUGGGAACACCUGCUCCUGGCUGUGGAACCUCGCUGGCCUCAAUCAUCACCCCGGCACCGCUCAUCGCGCGGAGGAAGAAUCUCUUGUUCGAGUCGUCGUUCAAGGACGGCCAAGUAUUAUACGGUCAUCUAUAG